GACCCGGAUUGGGAUCAAAUCUCACUGGGAGGCGGAGACACACACAUCAACAGAUUCCUACGUCUAUACUCUCAUAUGAUUGCUGAACCCUUGUUGGAAGAGACAUUACUCUGGCAAAAUGAGUUUUUUUGGGUUCGGCCAAAGUGCCGACAUCGAGAUCCAGCUGGAUGGAUCAGACACAAGGAAGAUGGCAGAGAUGAAAACAGAAGAUGGAAAGAAGGAGCGCUAUUAUCUAUACUAUGAUGGAGAGAGUGUCUCAGGAAAGGUGAAUGUCUCUCUCAAGAAGCCAGGUAGUCGCUUGGAACACCAGGGGAUCAAAAUUGAGUUUGUUGGCCAGAUUGAGCUGUACUACGACCGAGGCAACCACCAUGAAUUCACAUCACUGGUGAAGGAACUGGCCAGACCUGGGGAACUCACACAGAACGGCUCUUUUGAGUUUGAGUUCAACCAGGUGGAAAAGCCAUAUGAGUCAUACUCUGGCACUAAUGUCAGACUCAGGUACUUUCUCAGAGUAACAAUUGUGAGGAGGUUAUCUGACAUUGUUCGAGAAAUGGACCUGUUGGUGCAUACUCUCUCCUCAUACCCAGAAAUGAACAACUCUAUCAAGAUGGAAGUUGGCAUUGAAGACUGUCUCCACAUAGAAUUUGAGUAUAAUAAAUCAAAGUACCACUUGAAAGAUGUUAUUGUAGGCAAAAUAUACUUCCUCUUGGUUCGUAUCAAGAUCAAGCACAUGGAAAUUGCCAUCAUCAAGAGAGAGACCACUGGAUCAGGACCAAAUACUUUCAAUGAGAAUGAAACAAUUGCCAAAUAUGAGAUCAUGGACGGAGCACCAGUCCGAGGCGAAUCCAUACCCAUCCGGGUUUUCCUAGCUGGCUAUGAUCUCACUCCAACCAUGCGGGACAUCAACAAGAAGUUCUCUGUCAGAUACUACCUCAACCUUGUCCUUGUGGAUGAGGAGGAACGGCGAUAUUUCAAACAACAG